AUGAGCAGGUUAAGGGCUUUAUUUGCCAAUGCUUUCCGUGGCAGGAGCUAUGUCGGCAAAGCGCAGGAAUCAUUGAGGCUUCAGAAUCGACAUCACCACGACGAGGGACCACCUCAACCGUUCGAUAAUUUGCCUUUUAAAUUUACAAAUCGAUAUGUAGCAACAUUAGUAUUUUCAAUCUUCUUCGGAACAGGUUUUUGGGCACCAUUUAUCAUAUUGUGGUACUCCAUGGCAAAGAAAUCGUUGUGA